CAGCACUUUUUGCUGCUUGCAAAAAAGAAGCGCCACGAAUAUGGAUCCAUUUCCCAUACCAACAUUGAUUGGUAAGCCAAUGCGUUGCCUUUACAAAUAGAGAGAACGAGCAUCGAUAUCUCCUUGUUCCAUCCAUCUCCUCCCGAUCGAGCAAGAGAAUCCCAAGCUUCUCAAUCAUCUGGGCUUAGGGGCUGGUUUUAGAGAAACCAUGGAUCGACUUAAUGGUUCCCCACAUCUCAUGAUAGUUUCAGAUCUUGAUCAUACAAUGGUGGAUCAUCAUGAUCAGGAAAACCUUUCACUUCUUAGAUUUAAUGCCUUAUGGGAAGCCAGCUAUCGUCAUAAUUCUCUGUUAGUUUUCUCGACUGGAAGGUCACCUACACUUUACAAACAGUUGAGGAAAGAGAAACCCAUGUUGACUCCAGAUAUAACUAUAAUGUCUGUGGGGACUGAGAUAACAUAUGGUGAAUCAAUGGUUCCAGAUGAUGGAUGGGAGCAGUUUCUGAAUCACAAAUGGGACAGAAACAUUGUCAGAGAGGAAACAUCAAAGUUCCCCCAGCUUACUUUACAGUCAGAGACGGAGCAGCGACCACACAAGGUGAGCUUUUACAUACAGAAGGAUAAGGCCCAGGAGGUUAUAAAGGUUCUUUCAGAACGUUUGGAAAAACGUGGGUUAGAUGUAAAAAUAAUUUACAGUGGGGGAAUGGAUUUGGAUGUUCUACCACAAGGUGCUGGCAAAGGACAGGCUCUUGCAUAUCUACUUAAAAAGUUCACAUCUGAAGGAAAAGCACCAACUAACACUCUUGUUUGUGGUGAUUCUGGAAAUGAUGCUGAACUCUUUAGUAUUCCAGAUGUAUAUGGUGUCAUGGUUAGCAAUGCCCAGGAAGAACUAUUGCAGUGGCAUGCUCAAAAUGCCAAGGGAAAUCCUAAUAUAAUCCAUGCAACUGAAAGGUGUGCAGCUGGAAUAAUACAAGCAAUUGGUCAUUUUAAGCUGGGUCCAAGCAUACCUCCAAGAGAUGUUGCAGACUUCUCAGAGUGCAAGCAAGAAAAUGCCAAUCCUGGUCAUGAAGUAGUGAAGUUUUACUUGUUCUAUGAGAGAUGGAGGCGUGCAGAAGUUGAUAACUCUCAGCAGUAUAUGCAGAACAUGAAAGCUUUCUGUUAUGCUGCCGGCAUCCUUGUCCAUCCUUCUGGAGUUGAGCGCUCUCUUCAUGACUGCAUUGAUGCAAUGACAAAGAUUUAUGGAGACAAACAGGGAAAACAAUUCCGGGUAUGGGUAGAUCGAGUUUCAUCUGCACAGAUUGGUUCAGAUGCAUGGAUGGUGAAAUUUGACAAGUGGGAAUUGUCUGAUGAAGGCAGGCAUUGUUGUUUGACAACACUAUUGUUGAACACAAAGGCUAGAGAGGGAGGGUGUGUUUGGGUGCAUCUUCAUCAGACUUGGUUGGCUGGAUCAGGACCAAAAGAUCAAACGACCUGGCUUUUCUAGAUGGACAUGAAAAAUGAUGCCAGAGUAUUUUCCAUCUGUUGGAAUAAACCAUCCUCAUUCUUCCCCCUUCUAGGCUCUCUAGUUAGCCGUCUGGCUUCAAGUAUAUUGUAUCGGCCUAAAACUCUUGUCAGAGAAAAUACCGAUGUGAUUAAUGACUAAUAAUUUUGGUUACAUUUGGAUAAA